ACGCAGCCACGCUACGCAGCCUCCAUUCGUCUCAGGAUUCAGGAAUUUGCGUGCCGUCUUGUCUGCCUGCCGGCACCUCGUCGGAUUCAGGUGGCGCGACCUCCUCUCCCUCUCCUCGCCGGCCCGGCGCACCGCCGACCAUGGACCCGGAAGCGGUGCGGCGAAGCCUCGAGCCCACCGCCUCCGCAGAGGAAAUCACGGGCUCCACCCCUGCCCGCCUCCACUUCUACGACCCCUUCGUCCUCCAAGGCGUCAGCAUCGAGUCCUCCGAGCACGGCCGCCUCCUCUGCUCCUUCGUCGUCGCCCCGCGCCACGCCAGCCCCGCGGGGUACCUCCGCAGCGGCGUCACGGCGACGCUCGCCGACCAGCUGGGGUCGGCCGUCUUCUACUGCAGCGGGCUCCCGAGGAGCGGGGUCUCCGUGGAGAUCAGCGUCUCCUUCGUCGACGUGGCUACCGUCGGGGAAGAAAUAGAGGUUGAGGGAAAGUUGUUGCGUGCUGGAAAAUCCGUUGGUGUUGUCUCUGUCGAUUUCAGGAAGAAAAAGACAGGAAAAUUGAUGGCACAGGCCCGUCAUACCAAGUAUCUUGCUGUAUCAAGCAGAUUGUGAGGCUUGCCUUCCGCUAACAAGAUAAUAAGAUAUCAACAUGAUUGCGGCGAAACUCUCCAUUACCAUGCCAUUAUUAAUCGGCAACAAUCAUACAAUGCUUAUAGUCUCUCUCUUUUUCAGAAUUCUGUAUCUAUCAGAAUUUAAGUGUCAAGGGUGGUUCUGUGAUGCAUAUUGCUCUAUCCAUUUCGUUUUCACUUGACAGCUAUGAUCAGAUUAUACAUUUCGACAAAGGUUGUGUCUGGGUUGUAAGUUGUAACUUCACUGGAAACACAGUAAACCAUCCACAAUUCAUAUCAAAUCCUUUAACUCUUGCUGCA